GCUUGCCUGCCUGCCUGCUGCCCCGUCUGUCCGUCUGCCUGCCUACCCAUCCGUCCGCCCAACCUGCAGAGCCGUGUGUAGUCAGUCAGCUGUAGCCGAGACAGACAGAUAUACAUAGCGCGGCUGUGCGGCAGGCACGUCACAUCGCUCUCUGCGUCUGCCGUUAACGUUAUACUGUCGCCGACUCGCCCGUGAAAUCGUCAUCACUGCCGUCGCCGCUGUCGCCGCCGUCGCCGCUGUUGCUGACCGCGCGUACGUAACAAGGGUUGCAUGCAGCCAUGAUGCUGCGCUGGUGGCUAGGUCUGGUCGUUGUCGUCCUGCUGACGUCGCCAGACGCCGACGCAGCGAGACAACAACGCCCCAAGCACAAGCUCAAGUUCAGACCGAUAUCGCUGCCUACUGACUUUAACAGCUACGAUCUGGAUGGAGAUGGGUUCCUUGAGAUUCAAGAGUUGGCGAAGGUUUCCGAGACAUCUGUAGAGCAGUGUAGCAAGCCGUUUGAGGCGGCUGAUGUCAACAUCGAUGGUCUGAUCAGUAAGGAGGAGUUCAUCCGCGCGCCGUGGGAUCUAACUGGACACUUCGUGAAACUCCGGCGCCGCAAGAUGGCGCGCACGGCGGCGCGCAAGAUGAAGAAGUCUCAUGGUGGUGAACACCGGCUGAACAAGUCCAGCUGAGAAGUCACCUGCUGCACACCAGGGGGCACAGCUGCCGACAUCUGCCGGACGUCGCCUCCACACUAGGCUGCUAGGACUAACAAACGCCGCGUGCGUGCGUGCAUAUAAUAUAUCAUAUAUAUUAUCAUAUAUAUAUCUAUAUUCGUAUAUUAUACGAACAUUAUUCCUAUUACUUUAAUUAAGAUGAUAGUAACGUGGACCUGCGGUGUGCUGACAUCAUUAACAUCAUUAAUCAUUCACGAACAGUGAGGUUAUAACUGUGCGGUUAUGCUGAGCUGGCGUGCGCACGCAGUCCCGUGGGCGCUGGCUGGCUUUAAUUGUACGCUAUACACGACUGAGCUCUCGCUCUCCAUACAACAGCAACAGCAACAAUAAAGUCGAAUUUGUUCUCGCGCUAUUGUCGCGUCUAAAAGCA